AUGCUCCGGUUGCUGCUGCUCUGGGGGGCCCUGGGCUGCGGGGCAGACCAGGCAGCCCCGCUCACCUUCACCAUGCUGCAACAGACCCGCGUCUCCAAAGGCAGCUCCGUCUUCUGGGGGAACGCCAGCCUGGAUGGGCGGCUCAGCCACCUCCUGGAGGGGCUUAAUGUCACCCAGGUGCUGCCGCUGGAGCCCCCCGAGGCCUGGGCCAGGCGGCAGCAGGGCGUGACCACCUACCUGCUCUACUUCGGCCAACUGGUGAGGCUCUUCAGCAAGGAGAGGCCCAUCAACUACACCCAGAGCCUGUGCUGCCGCCUGGGCUGCCAGCUCUUCCCCAACGGCACGACUCACAGCUUCUACGAGGUGACCCUCAACGGGACGGCUUUCCUCAGCUUCCACGUCCCCAAUGCCACCUGGGAGCGGCGCUGGCCCGGCCCGGACGCGGUGGCCACCUUCGCCGAGAGGGAGCUGAUGAAGUACCCCAAGACCACCCGGGACCUCCAGCAUUUCCUCAACACCACCUGCGUCGGCAUCCUGCGGGCUCAGAGCGCCGAGACGGGUCCGUGCCGGGGCUUGGGGUCGCACGCCCCGCUGGUGCUGGGCCUGAUCCUGGGGACCUUCGCCUUGCUGGGCAUGGCCGUGGGGAUCUUCCUGUGCACGGGAGGGAGCUGCUAG